UGAAAACUCUCGUGUGUGCGUAGUAGUUCUGACUGAGCGGACCAAACUAGAGAAACCAAAAUCACAAAAACCCUUUCUAGGGCUCUCUCUCCCUCACUCUUCACUCCAGUGAAGAAGCAGCCCUCAAAUUCAUCCUCUCUUCCACACAAAUUCAACUCCGAAAACCAAAUUCUCAACUACAUUUCUCUCGAUCGAAUAAGAUUUGAUUGAUUGAUUCCAAAAUGUUCGGCGACGGCUGAAUGUUUUCGAGGAAUCCUCAUCUCGAACUGGUAAUACUGGUCCAUUUUUUCAUCUGUUAAUUUCUAGGUCAGUUUCGAUUGAGAUUUUGUGUUUUUUUAGUACUUGUUUGUGAAGAUGGCAACAACAACAACUCAGCUGCCAUAUUUGUCACCUGGGCAAAGAGUUGUCUUAGAUAAUAAUCAUCGAAUGAUUGGAAUUAGUUUGAACAAUAUGGUGUUUAAUAAUAAUGUGAUGAUGGUUGGUUCGAAAAGUAUAGGUUUGAUGAGCUAACAACGAUUUAGAUGUUCAUCAGUUAAUAAUAAUUCGCGUAGUAAUGGGAUUAACCCUUUCUUGAAUUUACAUCCUGAAGUAUCUAUGUUGAGAGGUAAUGAAAGAAUUGACACGGUUAUUAGUCCGAAAAAUGAUGGGUCAAUUGGGAAAAUUACUGAGAGUUUGAUUGAUUCGUCUAUCCCGGAGGAGAAUUACAGUACAGCUAAGAUUAAAGUUAUUGGUGGUGGUGGUGGUGGGUCGAAUGCUGUUAAUAGAAUGAUUGAGAGUAAUAUGAAAGGUAUUGAGUUUUGGAUUCUUAACACGGAUAUUCAAGCUAUGAGAAUGUCGCCUGUGUUUCCGGAUAACCGACUGCAAAUUGGUCAGGAGUUAACUAGGGGUCUUGGUGCUGGUGGGAACCCUGAUAUUGGUAUGAAUGCUGCUAAAGAAAGUAGAGAAGCUAUAGAAGAGGCACUUUAUGGUUCUGACAUGGUAUUUGUUACGGCUGGAAUGGGUGGAGGAACUGGUACUGGUGGGGCACCGUUCUCUUUUGAGGGCCGAAGACGAGCAGUUCAAGCACAGGAAGGAACUGCUGCUUUGAGAGACAAUGUUGACACUCUGAUUGUCAUUCCAAAUGAUAAGCUGUUGACUGCUGUCACCCAGAAUACCCCUGUAACAGAAGCAUUCAACUUGGCUGAUGAUAUUCUUUGCCAAGGUGUUCGUGGUAUCUCUGACAUAAUUACGAUUCCAGGCCUUGUAAAUGUUGAUUUUGCCGAUGUCCGAGCCAUUAUGGCUAAUGCUGGCUCAUCUUUAAUGGGGAUAGGAACUGCAACAGGCAAGACCAGGGCAAGAGAUGCUGCAUUAAAUGCCAUCCAAUCACCUUUACUAGAUAUUGGCAUAGAAAGGGCUACUGGAAUCGUGUGGAACAUCACUGGUGGAAGUGAUUUAACUUUGUACGAGGUAAAUGCUGCAGCAGAGGUGAUAUAUGACCUUGUUGAUCCAAGUGCAAAUUUAAUAUUUGGAGCAGUUAUAGAUCCAUCACUCAGUGGUCAAGUAAGUAUAACUCUGAUUGCCACUGGAUUCAAACGGCAAGAAGAAGCUGAAGGAAGGCCUCCUGUUCAGGGUAAAUUGCAGGGAACUCAGUUACCAAACGGGGACAUCAACCUUGGCGGAAUGAAUCGACGACCUUCCUCUUUCAACGAAGGCAGCUCAGUGGAGAUCCCUGAAUUCCUGAAGAAAAAAGGCCGACGCUUUCCCAGAGCUUGACAAAUUCUUUUGUAAUAUAUUACACCCUUUUUAUAUUGUUUUUCAGUUUAGCGGGACUAUAUCUACAAUUCCACUAUUUGUUUUUUCCUGUCUAGCCUAGACCCCAUUCUCUGUUACUUUUACUAGUUUUGUAGUGAUAAAUAAGUAAAGUCAUGUUGAAUUGAAGUCAUACAUUCAUCUGUUUUUUUUCCUGGCUGCUAAUGGGUGGUGCCAAUUUGCAGCUA